AUGCAAAGCCUUCAGAGCCAUCAAUCAGAGGGUCCUUCAACCCCUCAAAUUGUCUCGAGCAGGCCAACCGACACCCCAAUGACGAUAGGCUUUGGUGUUUGGCUAGCCAUCGCCACAUCCUUUGUCAUCUUGGUAGAAGCCGUCGUAUUCUUAACAUGGCUCUGGUUCGAGGACAGGGAAUCAGAGUCUUGGCGACGACUCAUGCUCGGUGGACGCGCAACCCAGUCCAUCACGUUGAUGGGUGUUCUCAUAAGAUGGGCCAUCGGUACUCUCGCUGCUAUCACGAUAUCUAUGGCUGCAUCAAUUGCACUGGAACUUCAUGGCGUACCCAUGUCAGCUCUCGCAGAAGUAUCUAUUGCUCGCUUCACAAACAGCGGACCGCAAUCGUUCCAGAGAAUGCUUCCUGGUACAAUAUUCCGACCUUGGCUUCGCAUCCUCAUGAUCUGCCUUUUUGUCCUCGUUACGGCCUCGCAGUUCGCUUCAACCUUGCUCGUUACGGAUCUUCGAAAAGUUACCAUUCUAUCGUUAAAGAAGAACAUAAGCUAUGGAUUCACUUUCGGAGCAAUAAAUGAGGCUACGUACCGGGGGAUGACCCCUAUACCUCUAAGAACAGACGGUCUAGAGUACUGGAAUAGAGCUCCCUCUCAAUCCGAGAUAUUCGCAGAAUAUUCAGAACCUGGAGUGUCGUCUGAUGAGUUGGACGAUACGGGAACGGUCUUGAGAGCGUUUCUUCCCUUUUCAACCAAGGCUCAGAGGGAGUCCAUCCAGUCCUUCAAUGGCAUUGCUCGAAUUAUUGACACUCAUGUGGUAUGCGUGAGGCCAAAAUUCACGGCUAAGUACUGUCGCUCGCAGAAUCUACGGGGGGUUUGGUACUUGUGUCUGAAUGCGACAGUAGACUUAUCGAACUUCCCACCUUAUCAUAUCUAUACAGAUACUGGCUUGAGUUAUUCUAUGCCCGGAGAGAACGACAAACAGAUUUCCAGGUCUUUCAUUUGCCAAAUCCCGAGACAACGGCCGUACGAUGCCACAUCGAGGAAGUGGUUACUCUGCGAGAACGAGUUUCUUGGGGAGCGUAAGGCGGUUGCCCUUGAUUCACCAUUAGGGUGGGUAUCAACAUCUUUGGGAAAAUAUGGCUUUAAACUGUUGGCCGAUCUAUCAUUCUCAGAAGGCGAUAGGCUGCCUUUUGAAUCAGAACCUACAAAUGCUACCUGGACUCUUCUGAACUCAAGCAAUUCUGGUCCAUGGGCUCGACAGUGGAACCGUGUGAGGUUGAGCGGUGGACUUGAGACAAGAGAUGAAUAUAUACAGAUAACAUUAUGCACAGGAUCUGAGCUUACAUCGCAGGUCGAACACGUUGAAAUAACAGCAUCCGCUGCUUCAAGUCUGACUGAGCCUGGUUAUCAAUUCAAUAAAAGUAGGAAUGAAUAUAAUACUCCUGCUAUUCUGAGACAGCUCGGCGCUGUUAAUACCCAAGACCCAGCAGUGGCAUCCAGGCGACAGAUAUUAAAUAUAUCUCCCAGCAUGCUGAAUCAGAGUCUUCAAGGCAGAGUCCGGAGCCCGACAACUGGAAGGACAGCUGAGGAUGAGACAGGAGAUUGGCUAUCAGGCAUGGCCUUCCCAGAUCUGGCCAUUUGUUCUUCUUGUGACUAUGUUACUUCGCAGGGGUCUAAGUCUGUAAGGGUCAGUCCUCUAAUGUGGCAAAUAUUUAACGACAUUAUAAAUACGACAAAUUCACCUGCCCUGGCAAUACAAGCUUUAACUACGCUUGUGUGGCGAAUGGCAUACUAUGACCAUAUCACAUCUUACUCUGAGGCGAUACAACCAGCGAGAAUCACAACUUUUGAUCUUGUUCAGGCGCCAGCUCGAAAAUGGGGGUUUGUCACGCUAAUGGCCAUCAUAAUUGGGAAUAUCAUCAUCUUCCUGGUCAUGGCCUCCAUUUUCCUGUCCCAUAUAGAGUCAAGCUUCUUAGAGAACGCAUGGCACACUGUGGCCCAGAUAUCUCAGAGUGAUGAUGUUAGGCCGAUCUUGGAGAAAGCUACCCUUGCAUCUGAUCAGGAUGUUGGGCGGAUGAUCCGUGGCGAGGAGCCACCGAGGGACUUUAUGGGUAGCGUGAAAGAUUUCUUUUGUGAUAUAGGAAGAACGUUCAAUCAGAGGGAGACUAAAGAAGAGGGAUUGGUUGUGAAAGAUGGUGUGCUUGUCGGAAUACGUUCAGAAUAA